AUGGCUGCCUAUGGCAAAGGAACGCAGCUGGGAAAAGACGGUUCUCUGAGGUUCCUGCAUAGUCUCGUUUUUGAGGGAGUGUUUCGCGAACAGCUUUUUGCAACUGCGAUGGAUCAUUCGGCCAGCUACGUAUUUUGCGGUCGCAACGCUGAGGCGGUUCUUGCCGGUGAUAAAAAGGUGCGUUCUUCAAAUUAUGGCAGUAAUUUUAUUCUGCAUGUUUGCUUCGCAAUAUGGCGCGUAUUAUUUGUCUUUGAGUUUUGAUU